UCGAAGAUUUUGUUUUUGUUGUUGUUCUUUGCUGUAAUCAGAUAAAUCUAAUGAAAUAACAAAAUAAAAGCUGAAUAAGUGCUAUUUAACUGAAUCACAAAAGAAAAUACAUACUUCACCUUAAGUAACUAUGAAUACUAGUGUUCCAUUGCUAUGAAUAAACCAAGUUCUUCCAAACAAAACAAUGCAGUUUUAUUGGAGGACCAAGACAUAUUCGAAGACUCUUCGUUUCUUGCUAAAUUCGAGGAGUCCUCGUUCCACGACACUACCGCCGGACAAACGUCGUUUAAUCGGAGCAACUUAAAUAUAAGUGCCCUGUGCUGCGAUGAAGAGAUCAGUGGCUAUGACAAGCUGACAGGAAAGACAUGGAUCUACCCCACCAAUUACCCCGUCAGAGACUACCAGUUCAACAUCAUUAAAUCUGCCAUUGUGAAAAAUACACUGGUCAGCUUACCAACAGGUUUGGGAAAGACUUUCAUAGCUGCAGUGAUAAUGUACAACUUCUACCGUUGGUACCCGCUUGGGAAGAUCAUCUUCAUGGCACCAACUAGGCCGCUGGUGGCGCAACAGAUUGAAGCCUGCUACGACAUUGUAGCCAUCCCGCCUGAUGACACUAUUGAAAUGACUGGGACAAUGAACGUUAACACCAGAAAAUUACACUGGCAAUCCAAGAGAGUGUUCUUUGCGACGCCCCAAGUCAUCAGCAACGACUUGCAGUCGGGCAUCUGUCCCGCAGACCAGAUCAGAUGCUUGGUGUUCGACGAGGCACAUAGGGCAAGAGGGAACUAUGCUUACUGCACCAUCAUGGGAAUUUUGAAUGAUAAAGGGCACAGGACCUUUAGGGUGCUAGCUUUGUCUGCUACUCCAGGAAGCAAAGUUGAUGAUGUUAAUAAUGUAGUAAAAAACCUACACAUAGCCCAACUAGAACUUCGCACGGAGACCUGCAUCGACGUGGCUCCAUACUGCCACGCGCGCCGCGUCGCCACCGCCGUCAUACCGCUGGGGCCGGAGCUCACCGCCGUCCGGACACAGUAUGUGGAGAUCUUAGACGUGUACGCGCGUCGUCUGAAGCAGCUGAACAUCCUGCCUCACAACACCGGCAACUUGUCCAAGGGGCGGGUCGUCAUGCUGUACAAGGAGUACCAGAAUAAGGAUCGAGGCUCCAGGCACCCGCAACACAACUGGAUAAUGAAAGACUUCACAGUUCUCAUUUCUCUCUACCACGGACUCGAGUUACUACUCAAACAUGGCAUGAGAGUGUUCCUCAACUUCUUCGACGAACAUCCGGAGAAAUCCUGGAUCCAGUCGGACGACCAGUUGACGGUUCUGUUGGAGAGAUUGCGGGACGAUCUGGGGGUUAAUCCGCUGUCGUUGAACACUAGUUUGCUGCCAGAUGGGACUGUUCCUGAGGUACCUAAAGAUUUGCGCUUCGGUCACCCAAAGUUUGAUAAGCUCAGAGAAAUAAUGCUGGAUCAUUUUACUAGAGCCAAAAAGGAAGGACAGGAUACUAAAGCCAUCGUAUUCUGCGAGUACCGAGAGAGCGUGUCCCUAGUGCAGUGUCUGCUGCUGCAGUGUCGCCCGCUGAUCCGACCCAUGAUGUUCGUGGGGCAAGGCGCUGGCGGCAAAUCCGGAAAAGCAGUAUCUCAAAAGCAGCAACUCUCAAUAGCCCGAGGGUUCCGCGAAGGAGUCUACAACACUCUAGCGGCGACCUGCGUGGCCGAGGAAGGGUUACACGUGGGCUCUGUGGACCUGAUUGUGUGCUUCGAUAUAUCCACUAGUGAGCCCGUGCGAUUGGUGCAGAGAUGCGGUCGAACCGGUCGGCAGCGUCUCGGGCAAGUUCAUAUUCUAGUCACUGAGGGGAGGGAACAUCAGACACUCCAAGACUGCAUGCGUCAGCGCGACGGGCUGAACCGUAAGAUCCUGCAAUCCAAGGAGAUACAGAGCAACCUCUACAAGCUCAACCCGCGCAUGAUGCCCCGCGACUUCAUGCCAGAGUGCAGAAAGAUGUUCAUUACAGUUGAGAAGAAAGUGGACCCGAAAGAGAAGGCGAAAGAGAUACCUUUGAAGGGGAAAAAGGGUCAAAAAGAUCUCCGCAGUAUGUUAUUAGACAAGAACCAGAAUGCUUCAAGCAGCGGAUCAAAUAUAUCUGUCAAAGCUUCAAAUGCGAACGCCUUGAUUACUAAAGAUGAGUUUGAGGAACUGUUUCCUGAAGGACUAAAGAAGAAAUCGUUUGAAAAAGCUGGCAGAGAGUACUGGAAUUUAAACAAAGACAUAUUGUCAAAACUAUCGACAACAGAUGAACAUGCCAGAAACCUAUCAACGUGGUUGGAAUGGCAGAGAAGGCCACAGAACACGGUGAACUAUGGUCACUCUCGGGACAGUGAGAUCCUGAGCGAGUUGCUACAGUACGCCGACGCUAAGAGAUUCGAAGACGCACCUAGCACGCAAAACCCAGUAUUCGACACGCAAGACAUCGUCACUCAGUAUAUCCCAGCGCCUUCACCCGUCAAAGUACCAGUUAACCCAUUACCAAUGAAACCCCCAACAAAAAAGAAAACCAAAGCAGCUAUAGUUAAACCUAUUGUAAACAAACCAAUAGGACCCAAAGACGGAGAUAUUAGAGCAUUAUUUAGUACAGCUACUAAAUCUACUAAGAGUUAUACGAAACUGAUAAGUGAUCUAGGUAUUCCAAAUGACGGUAGUGUACCUACUAGUUUAAUAGACCUAAUGGUAGACCUAAGUCUUGAAAGUACUAAUAAUACAGUACGUAAAUGUUAUAUUUGCGCUUAUGUAUGCGAAUGUUCAUUCUUUAACGAUAUGAAGAAAGUAAAAAAAGAUAAACAGGCAGUACCAAGUUUCUUGAAGAAACCUAUUCUACCAGAUAUUGAUCUUCUUGAUGAUAUUGAUGCAGACAUCAUUGAAGAGUGUGCCAAAAAGCCAGAUAUUGUGAACUUGGAAUUAAAUGAAAUUCUUCCAGACAAAAAUCGUGACAAUGAAUCGUUAGAUUUUGAUGAUAACCACAUAGAGUUAUUGGGUAAUGAAAAAAAUAAUUGCAGUACUAACUUUGAUUUAGAGUUCGAUUUUGAAUCACCGGUAGAGGAGGUGAACAACGAUGUGCCUAAUGAAAGUGCUGACAAAAACUUCGAUAUCGGCAAUAUCGAAGAUAUUUUUGCUGACAGUAGUCCCGAAGAAGCUAUUAAAGAAGAUUUAGUGAAAGAAGAUAAAAAUUCUAGUAAUCCAAAAGAUGCUUUGGGAUUCUUUGGUUUAGAUAGUAUUGAAGAUAUAUUUGCUGAUUCAGAUGAUAGCAUACAAUCUGUAAAUAAUGUUGUAACUGAAACAGUCACAAAACCAAUCACUAAGGACAAUGAUGCACCCAAAGAGGUAAUAGAAGAAGAAAAAAUAUUUGAUAAUUUUGAUGUACCAGCUCCAAUAGAAUAUCCUGCUAGUCCUUCAAUAUUGUCAGGAAGGAGAAAGAAAAAUAUAUCGACGUCACCAAUUUUGUGCAGUCAAGCUAAAAGAGUCAAACUGAGUACGAAGAAAGAUAGCCAUAGCACACCCAUCCUAAAACCAAAGUCAUUGAGUGAAGUGUUCAAUAAUGAGGAAGUCAUCGAGAUUAUGGAGGAUAAUAACAAUAAACUAAAACAAAACACUGCUAGUACAACUAAAGAAACCAGUAUUGUAAAUACUAGCAACAAAAGUAUGUUUACAAUAACACAACUAGUUGAUAUGAUUAAUAAAACACAAGCUGAUAAUUCUAAACAGGAACCAUCCAUCAGUAAAGAAGAUGAAAUUCUGUUAACUCAAAUACAACAAGAAGAUAAUGAAAGAAGUAUGUCCCCAAUAUUACUGACACAAGCAGAUAAAAAAAGAUCUUCCAGUAAAAAGAAGACGAAGAACUUACAAAUUAGAAAGAAUCAUAGUCUUAUUGUGUUGGACAGUGAUAGUGAAUCUGAUAAUGAUAUCGACAACACUCAAGUUUAUGAUGUCGAAAACUCUGAAAACAUCGGAACAUUAUUAAAUGAGCCUAAAGAAAAUUUACUGCCAAUUAGUCCUGUUGGUAAUAAAAGAAAAUUUGACGUCGACGUAUCCGAUGAUUUGAACGCGUCUCCUUAUUUUAAUAAGAAGGCAAAAUUGGACGAGAAUGUUCCAAAACCUUUAUCGUUACAAGAAAAGAUAAUAGCUGCUUUGUCGACGAAAAAAGCUAAAAAACUUUCACCUAAGAAAGAUGAGUCUAUCAAUUUCAUGUAUUCAUCCCCAACGAUAGUGUCUCAAAAAGAAAAUCUGAGCCCUAAAGUACUAAGAAAUGGUUUCCAUUCACCAAACAAUGAUGAGAAGAAAGAAACACUGAAUGGUUUAGACAAACUCCAACACUUCAAGCAUGACCCCAAAACACCUUUUUCGAGUAAAUUCCAAAGUCAGAAAAUUCUUUCUAAUAAAAACUUGACAAAUAAUUCUCAAAAACGCAAACUUACAUUUGAAGAUAGCGACGAUGACUUUAUUAUGGAUGUAGACGACAAGAAAUGCCCGAGUCCAAAGUUCACGAAAACACAGGAAAGCACCAUCGUGAACCAUAAAAUAAGAAAGCUUAGUUUACUCCUCAAAUCCAUCCAUUCUCACUUAACAUCCAUCCACACUCCACAGAAAAGGCCACCCCGCAGCGAGUUCCUAGACCUCUCCGCGCAGAUAUCCUCGGACGAGUGCAGCGGAGACGAGCUAUCUGAUGACAGUGUCGGCAGUAUCAUCGACUUCAUCUGUGAUGAUGAAGAGCAUGUGGUGAAGGAGGAUAUGCACGCGCUUUACUUGGAGUCUGUUAAGAGUCCCGUGAAAGGCAUGUUCAAGAUACCGCAACUGCCGUCUAAGUAUAAGAACGCCGACAUAUUAUCUCAAUAUGUGGAAGAAGACGCUUAUGAAAUGGACAGUUUCUGCGUUGACUCCCACAUAGGGCUGACACAAGUGCACGACGACUCGGAGCUCGAGUUGGCCGAACAAAUACUAGAAAUGAAGCGAAAGAGGAGGAGAAAACCAAAACCUAAGAACACAAAACUUAAUGAAAAAACUAAAGACGCACCGACUGUAGAAUUGUUGAGUCAGAGUGGAGACAGCCCUGUGAUAAAAAGAAGACAAAUGAAGGUCGCAAGAAGGAUUUCUAGCGAUUCGGAUGAUAGCAGUUGAAGGUUAAGAGAUAUUUUAAAAAAAGCUUCAUCAUCCGUCUGUUACAGUCAUACUGCUCUGCUGGACAUAGGUCAAAUGCAAAAGAAAUGAAUCCUACACCUGAUCGAAAGAAUACCAGAUAUUUUCUUGAUAUAUUUGAUUCCUCUGUAUUAUGAAACAGUUCGUGAAACGGUGAUAGGUCUUGUUACUAUCCUGAUGAAAUACUACUCACAUAGACCGACACAGUUUGUAAUCAUAUUAGUCAAAAUCAGUUUAGUUGUGCUAAUAUCGGUGUGAAAAAUGCGUUUUUGAUUUUGAUUAGUUGACCCAGUUACAAAUUCUGUAAGUCAACGAUGCACCAAAGUGAAAUUGUUCAUUCAUGUGGUUUUAUAAGUGUAGGGACACAAACCAUAUUAUUUCUCUAAUAGAUAAUUAUUUAUUGUACUGUGAUAAUAAUUUAAUUAUUUAAGUGUAUGUAAUUUUGAUAAGAUUUAGAAUGUAUAACUACUAAUUUAAUUAAGCUACUCGGUAAUUACAUAUUACAAUUUUGUAAAUUUCCAUGGACAUUCCUAUCAUGUUUUUGAUACACAUUUCAAAUUAUGCCUAAAUUAAUAAAUAACU